AUGUUUAUGGCUACUAGCAAUUCUCCAGCUGAUACUUCUCUCACAGAAAGUUCCUCCCAUCUGUCUUCACCUCCCGAGCAUUCUUCUGCGGCAUCCUUUACUUCAGGCUCAUUAUAUGUGGGUGAUCUUGAUCCUUCUGUAACGGAAGCUAUGCUAUUUGAAAUGUUCAACAUGAUUGGACCUGUCUCUAGCAUUCGUGUCUGUAGAGAUGCUGUCACGAGAAGAAGCUUAGGUUAUGCUUAUGUCAAUUAUCACAGAAUAUCCGACGCUGAAAAGGCAAUUGAAGCUCUUAAUUACUCUUCGAUCAAAGGACGUUCUUGCCGUAUCAUGUGGUCACAGCGUGAUCCUGCCUUACGCAAGACCAAUGCUGGUAAUAUCUUUAUAAAGAAUUUGGAUCCAACCAUUGAUCACAAGGCGCUUCAUGACACAUUCUCUGCUUUUGGGAACAUCUUGUCUUGCAAGAUUGCACUGGAUGAAGAGGGAAGGUCAAAGGGAUAUGGCUUUGUUCACUAUGAAAGUCAAGAAUUUGCUGAAAAGGCAAUUGCUAAUGUGAAUGGAAUGCUUUUGAAUGACAGAAAAGUUUAUGUCGGUUUUUAUAUACCCAAAAAGGAACGCCAAUCAAAAGUUGAAGGAUUCCGUGCUCAGUUUACCAAUGUUUAUGUCAAGAAUAUACCAUUGGAUGUUAGCGAUGAAGAAUUACGAGAGCUAUUUGGCAAAUAUGGGGCCAUUACAUCUUGCUUGAUCACCAAGGAUAAUGCGGGCGUAUCAAGAGGAUUUGGGUUUGUAAAUUUUGAAAAGCAUGAAGAUGCUCAAAGAGCUGUAGACGAGCUCCAUGGAACCGACUUCCAUGGGCAAAAUUUGUACGUUUCUAGAGCACAAAAGAAGAGUGAACGUGAAGAAGAAUUGAGACGUCAAUAUGAAGAUGCCAAGAUGGAAAAGUUGAAUAAAUAUCAAGGAGUCAACCUUUAUGUAAAGAAUUUGGAUGAUGAUGUUGACGAUGACCAACUUCGUGAAAUAUUUUCCGUAUAUGGCGUGAUCACCUCUGCCAAGAUUAUGCGUUCUGAGACAAACGAGAGCCGUGGAUUUGGCUUUGUCUGUUUUACUUCUCCUGAAGAAGCUACUCGCGCUGUAACAGAGAUAAAUGGUCGUAUCAUAGGCACAAAGCCAAUUUAUGUAGCAAUCGCUCAACGUAAAGAAGACCGUCGCUCUCAGAUGGCUCAGCUCUUUCAACUAAAGCAAAGAAUGAACCCUAACCCCAUUCCCGUGUACGCUCCCAACAUGUACGGUCCUCCUGGCAUGGUUGCUGCUCGUCCUGUUUAUUCAGCUGUACCUUUCCCUGGCCAAGCUUACCCAGUCAUGCCACGUCCUGCACCUCCUAUGCCUGCUCAAGCAAGGCCUGCACCUCCUAUGCCAGUCGCUGAACCUGCUCUUCAUCCAUUAAAUGCAAAGGAUUUAGCGUCUUUUCCAGCUGAAGUACAAAAGCAGAUGCUUGGUGAGAGAUUGUAUCCUAUUAUCAACACAUAUGAACCCGAGUACUCUGGCAAGAUCACUGGCAUGUUGUUAGAAAUGGAUAAUAAUGAACUGUUGCAUAUGCUUGAAGACAAGGACGAAUUGCUUGGCAAAGUACAAGAAGCUGCUGCUGUCCUCAAAGAACACCUCUCUAAAAAGUAA